AUGUAUAAAUAUUCUGGAAAAUCAAUUGCAGCAUUAAUUUCUGAAUAUAGCAACUUAAAUGAGGAAGAGGACGCUAACUGGAGAUGGCUUAAAAUGUUGAAGUUGAGGCCAAGAGUUAAUAUCUUUUGGUGGAGAUUAAUUCACAAAGCAAUUCCAACAAAUGAUUUCUUAAUGUAUAGAAGGAUUAUCAAUCAUAAUGGAUGCCCAAGAGGAUGUGCUGAUGUUGAGGACGCUAGUCAUCUAGCUGUUAAAUGUUUUUUCAUGAAUGAGAUCAUUAUUUCUUUAAGAAGCUGGGGUUAUGAUAUCCCUGCUUUCACCAAUUUGGAGAGUUGUUUUAUUUGGCUUUCUAAGCUAUCUAGUUACAAUCCUUUUAUAGCCAAUGUAUACUAUUCUGCAGUAUUUUUCUCCUGGAAGAGCAGAAACAAAUGGGUGCAUGGGUCGGUUGAAGACAGCAUAUCAUCUAUUGCAUCAAAUGCAGUCAGCUUUGCAUCUUUAUCCUUCAGCCAAGAUCUAAUUUCGGUCAACUGGGUUUCUAAUCAGCAAUUGAUGUUUCAAAAUACUUGGAAACCCCCUCCAACCGAGUGGAUCAAACUAAAUGUGGAUGCUUCUCUUGAUAGAAAUUACUCUGCAGAAAUUGGUGGAGUAAUUAGAGAUAACAAAGGUAGAUUUUUAUUUGCCUUUGGUUUCAAAAGAGUUCACUGGGAUAUCUCAGCUCUUGAAUUGGAUGCUUUGAUGGCUGUAAAGAAGUUUACUCAAGAAUGGAUGUAUGAAGCUAAAGGUAUCAUUAUAGAAGGGGAUAACUACAAUGUUAUGAAGCACAUCCAAGGCAUUUUUAAAAAGGGUCCAGCUGUUGGGUGA